AUGGAGGAUGAACCCGCCGUGUCCAAAUUCAAUCAAGAAAUCCAUUUCUUCUAUUUACAAGGUCAAAAAUGUAAUACAGCUAACGAUUACCAAAAGGCACAAGAAUAUUUUGUACAAGCCCUGGAUAAAAUUAAUUCUCUGUCAAGUGUUACCAAUGAAAUGGAUCUACUAAAAUGUGAAAUUUUGAAUCAAAUCGCUGAAAUGAAUGUAAUACAAAAAGAGUGGGUAAAAGCCAAUGAAUUCGCUCAAAGGGCUUGUAAUGUAGCUGAGAAAUUGUCACAACUAGCCAUGAUUGCCAAGUGUUUGGAUAUGCGAGGCGGUGUUAAAUUGCUACUUGGCGAUGCAAAUAGUGCACUCGAUGACUUUAAGAAGAAACUGCCUAAUUAUACGAAAGCAUUGGAAAUAUCCUUCGUGCAAGCUAAAUUUAAGGAAGCUCUUUCCAUGCUGAAAAUGAAACUUCAAGUUCAACAGCGAAUCCUUGAAGAAAAUGAUCCUGCUAUUGCUGAAACAUAUAGAAGCAUUGGAUUCAUCUAUAAAAGGCAACGCAAGUAUGAUGAUGCUCUAUUGAUGUAUACAAAGUCGCUCAAAAUCAAUAUUCAGAGAAUUGGAGAAGAACAUCUCGAUGUUGCUGACACCCAUUACGAUAUGGGAGAAGUAUACAAGAAGCAGAACAAGCUAAGCGAAGCUCUUUCUUCGUAUCGUAAAGCUCUUACAAUUUAUUUAACUUUAUUAGGUGAUAAGCAUCCUAAAGUUGGAAUCUCGUACAGGAACGUUGCCUAUGUUCUUGAUGAUCAGUGCAAAAUUGAUGAGGCUCUUUCUAUGUACGAAAAAUCGCUUGCAAUUCAAUUGACGUCGGUUGGUGAAGAUCAUUUAGAUACCGCAUUACUAUAUACUAAUAUUGGACGGAUCUACGGUCUUCAAACCAAGUUUGAUCAGGGAAUUUCCUCACAUCAGAAAUCGCUUAAUAUUAAGUUAAAAAUACUUGGUGACAGUCAUUUAGAUAUUGUUGAUUCUUAUAAAGGCAUGCGACGUCUAUAUAUCAAUAAGCGCAAUUUCAUGCAGGUUUUAUCCUUAUGCAAAAAGUCUCGUACAAUUCUAAUAAAAGUAUAUGGAGAAUAUCAUAACAGUGUAGCGGACUGCUAUGUCGACACAGCAGUAGCGUAUCAUGGGUUGGGUAAGUAUGAUAGUGCAAUUUCAAUGUACGAAAAGGCCAACAGAAUUUUUACUCAUAUUCACGGAGAAAAUCAUCCUUACCUUGCCAGUACUUAUACAAUGAUGGCAAUUUCAUAUGAAAACCAACAUCGAUACAAUGAUGCUGCUUCUAUGCAACAAAAAGCUACCAGUAUUCGUCAAACACUACAAGAUGGUAAUGCCAAUCAAUUAUUCGCAAAUCAAGGAAUCACAUGUGAUGUCUCAAAUUAUUGA